CCACCUUUUGGGGUUAAGCUGAACUAAAGCUCUCCACGUUGAAGGGUUGGAAAUAAAUUUCUGUUUAUUUUCAUGAUUUUACUGCAUACAACGUCCAUAAAUCAUUGCUUAAGCUCAGUAAAAUCAUGGCGACAUUACAGCUGACCCUUGCUAUCCUCAAACCAGAUAUUGUUGCAAGACCACAUGUUGUGAAAGAAAUCAAAGACAUCAUCCUUCAAAACAGGUUUCUGUUUGUGAGAAGCAAAGUGAUGCAUCUGAAUAAAGAACAAGCAGGUAGCUUCUAUGGAGAACAUAAAGGAAAGUUCUUCCAUAAUCGACUUGUAACAUAUAUGUCUGGGGGACCGCUCAGUGCCCAUAUCUUAGCAAGGGAAGAUGCUAUAAAACACUGGAGGACACUAAUGGGACCAACCAAGGUUUUUAAGACGAUCCAUGAAGCUCCUGAUACCAUUCGAGGACGAUUUGGCCUGACUGAUACAAGGAAUUCCACACAUGGCUCGGAUUCACCGGAGUCUGCCAAAAAGGAGAUCAACUUUUUCUUUCCUGAGUUCUCAUUCGAUGGAUGGCACCGUAACGAGGCAUUGUUCCAGAAUGCAAACUUUGAUUUUGACGUUGAAAGAACAAUCCAUGUGCUUGAUCGAGCCAUUAAUCUUGACGUUUCAUUUGAGGAAAGAUUUUGGCAUAAAACGGACAAGUUACCAAUGCCUCCUAACUCGUGAUGGAGAUCUAUGGACAUUUCCUUCUGAACUUAACUGUCUUCCUCUUGAGGAGUACGUGUGUCUCAUUGUAGAUGAAUCUUCUGCUCUGUGGCUUAUUCCUGCAUUCUGAUUGAGACGUUGUCCUCAAAAUACCAAUUUACUUACAACUGUUUACCAUGGAAUCUCUCGACAACAACUCUGAAACUGGAGAAUAAUGUGUAACCAUUAAACUUAGUUUUCCAA